AUGGCGCGGGGUCUAGAUUCGCUGGAGAAAUGCCUGGAGCGGCACCUCCCCCCCGAGGAGCUCGGCGAAGUGAAGCGGAUCCUCUACGGGAACCUGAGCAGAAAACUUGCCUUGCCGGCUGCGGCUCUGUCGGCCGCGAGCCAGAGGGCGUUUGAGCUGCAGGGCUGUGGAUUUGGAGCUGCGCCCGAGCAGCUGAGGCAGCCCCGUGUUGUUCGAGUGGGGCUGGUUCAGAAUAAAAUCCCCCUGCCCACAGACACGCCCGUGGCGGAACAGGUGGCUGCACUGCACAGGCGAAUAGAGGAGAUCGUGGAGGUGGCUGCAAUGUGUGGGGUCAAUGUGAUCUGCUUUCAAGAGGCUUGGACUAUGCCCUUUGCAUUCUGUACAAGAGAGAAGCUUCCAUGGACUGAAUUUGCUGAGUCAGCAGAGGAUGGUCUGACAACAAGGUUCUGCCAGAAGCUGGCAAAGAAGCACAAUAUGGUUGUGGUGUCUCCAAUUCUGGAGAGAGAUGAUGUACAUGGAGGAACUUUGUGGAACACUGCAGUGGUGAUUUCAAACUCUGGAUCUGUCCUUGGGAAGAGCAGGAAAAAUCACAUUCCAAGGAUUGGAGAUUUCAAUGAGUCUACUUACUAUAUGGAGGGCAACACAGGGCACCCUGUGUUCCAGACUCCGUUUGGAAGGAUUGCUGUGAAUAUCUGUUUUGGGCGCCAUCACCCCCUGAACUGGCUCAUGUACAGUCUAAAUGGAGCAGAGAUUAUCUUUAACCCUUCAGCUACUACUGGAGAACUCAGCGAGUCACUGUGGCCAAUUGAAGCAAGAAAUGCAGCUAUUGCUAACCACUGCUUUACAUGUGCCAUAAACCGAGUUGGAACGGAAUACUACGUGAAUGCAUUUACAUCUGGAGAUGGUGGGAAAGCCCACCAUGACUUGGGAUAUUUUUAUGGCUCGAGUUAUGUGGCUGCACCAGAUGGCAGUCGGACACCUGGACUGUCUCGCACGCAGGAUGGGCUUUUGGUGGCUGAGGUGGAUCUAAACCUUUGCAGGCAAGUCGGUGACAAAUGGAGUUUUAAGAUGACUGGUAGAUACGAGAUGUAUGCAGAGGAACUCAUGAAGGCUGUCCAGCUUAACUUUGCACCCAAUAUUAUUAAAGAGUAG